AAAUCUAGAAGAAAAAAAGUUGUGGCUGUAAAUUGCCCAUGAUUUUUGUUGUGUAUCCCCCACUUCCAUUAACCAAUCCUCUUGACUCAGGUUUCAUAAAUACAAGAUAUUCAAUCAAAAGAAUGGAGAGAAUAAUCAUAGAACAAAUACUCAUUUUUACUGUUAUCCUCCAUUAAUAAUGCUUAAAACUGCUUUUUGUUGACAAAAAGCAAAGAAAUAUCAGUUUUUUACCCAGAAACCAAGAAUUCCGAGCCCUAUAGUACACAGAGAAGAUAAAAUCUGGGUUUUUGUUUUUGGGAGAUAUGUGUAGCAUAGUUUGGUUUAGAAGGGAUCUUAGAGUUGAAGAUAACCCAGCACUUUUAGCUGGUGUUAGAGCAGGCCCUGUUUUAGCAGUUUUUAUAUGGGCACCUGAAGAAGAAGGGCAUUAUCAACCUGGAAGGGUUUCACGAUGGUGGCAUAAAAACAGUUUGGCUCAUCUGGAUUCUUCUUUGAGGAGCCUUGGGACUUGUCUCAUCACUAAGAGAUCAUCUGAUAGUGUUUCAUCUCUUCUCGAGGUUGUUAAAACCACUGGUGCUACUCACCUCUUCUUCAAUCACUUGUAUGAUCCCAUGUCUCUGGUUAGAGAUCAUCGAGCAAAGGAAGUAUUGACAGCCCAUGGUAUAACAGUGAGAUCUUUCAAUGCAGAUUUACUUUAUGAACCUUGGGAUGUUACCGAUGAUAAUGGCUGCCCUUUCACUACUUUUUCUACUUUCUGGGAAAAAUGCCUCAGCAUGCCUUUUGACCCUGAAGCUCCACUUCUUCCACCUAAAAGAAUAGUUUCAGGUGACGUGUCAACUUGCACCAUGGAUCCAUUGGUGUUCGAAGAUGAAUCGGAGAAGGGAAGCAAUGCGCUUUUAGCUCGAGCAUGGUCACCGGGAUGGAGCAGUGCUGACAAGGCCUUGGCCACGUUCAUUAAUGGACCUUUACUUGAGUACUCAAAGAACAGAAGAAAAGUUGAUAGUGCAACAACCUCAUUUCUUUCCCCCCAUUUGCAUUUUGGGGAGGUUAGCGUCCGGAAAGUUUUUCAUCUCGUCCGAAUGAAGCAGGUUUUAUGGGCUAACGAAGGGAACAAAGCUGGUGAAGAGAGUGUAAACUUAUUUCUCAAAUCAAUUGGUUUGAGAGAGUACUCGAGAUACUUGAGUUUUAAUCAUCCUUACAGCCAUAAAAGACCUCUUCUUGGGCAUCUUAAGUUCUUCCCUUGGGUUGUCAAUGAAGGUUAUUUUAAGGCAUGGAGGCAAGGUAGAACUGGUUAUCCAUUAGUGGAUGCCGGCAUGAGAGAGUUAUGGGCUACUGGUUGGCUACAUGAUCGAAUUCGAGUUGUUGUUUCGAGUUUCUUUGUCAAAGUUUUACAGCUUCCAUGGAGAUGGGGUAUGAAGUAUUUUUGGGAUACCCUUUUGGAUGCAGAUUUAGAAAGCGAUGCGCUUGGUUGGCAGUAUAUAUCCGGUACUCUUCCAGAUGGUCGCGAGUUCGACCGUAUCGAUAAUCCACAGUUUGAAGGUUACAAAUUCGAUCCGAAUGGAGAAUAUGUCCGACGUUGGCUUCCUGAACUUGCAAGACUUCCAACUGAUUGGAUUCACCAUCCGUGGAAUGCUCCUGAAUCUGUACUCCAGGCUGCUGGAAUCGAGCUGGGGUCCAAUUACCCUCUGCCUAUUGUAGGAAUAGAUGCUGCAAAAUCUAGGUUGGAAGAAGCACUUUCAGAGAUGUGGCAACUAGAAGCAGCUUCAAGAGCUGCAAUUGAGAAUGGAACUGAGGAAGGCCUCGGAGACUCGACCGAGUCAGCGUCGUUUGCGUUUCCACAGGACAUACAAAUGGAGGAAAACCUUGAACCAGCAAGGAGCAAUGCUCCAGCUACAACUCGGAGAUACCAGGAUCAGAUGGUUCCUAGCUUGACUUAUUCGUACUUAAGAGGUGAACAGGAAGAGCCUUCUUCCUCCCUUCGAACUUCUGCAGAAGAAAGCAGAGCUGAAGUUCCACGAACUAUAAAUAUAAAUCGAGAACCGCAAAGAGAAGACGCAUUAAACCAAGGGAUCCCAGAAACAGCACAGAACGAAAACAUGUUGAACUUCCCAAUGGGGUUGAGAAAUGCCGAGGAUUCCACAGCAGAAUCAUCUAGCAGUAGUAGGAGAGAAAGGGAUGGAGUAAUUGUUCCGGUUUGGUCCCCGCCAUCUUCAAGUUAUCCGGAGCAAUUCGUUGGUGAUGAAAACGGUAGCAGCGUGAGCUCCUCUUAUCUACAGAGGCAUCCACAGUCCCACCAAAUCGUUAAUUGGAGGUGGCGAUUAUCCCAAACUGGGUAAUAGAACAAAUACACACUCAAGGCUGUGGCCUAGUACUUGCGGAAUACUUGGUCUAGUGGCCGGAUCGGACCACAACAUGGUGUGUUAUCGACCCGUCUAUUGCCCACCAGUCUAACACCAUUUGUAGUUGUCUCUGGACUUCCAUGACUCGUCUGCUAUCCUUUUUUUCUCUGUCGAUAUUCUACCGUAUGCAUAGCUCUGCUGUAUAGUAUUUUUCUUCUCUAUCAAGGAGGGAAGAAGAGAUUGAUGGUAGAAAUGUGGUAAUCCUGUAAUAAAACCAUUUAACUAAUUAGAAUGUUAUUGUAUUGUAAUGUAUAAUCCCUUCCAA